AUGUUUCACCAAGAAGAUGCUGGUUUGAAUGUGGAGAUGGCAAAGCUGGCUUUCUCGAAGGGCAUAUGGAGCUAUGUACGCAAGAUGAACGAUGCACUACGCAAAUACCCUAUGAUGAGGGAUCCUCAGACAGGUCCAGCUGUUACUGCAGUAUCUCUGAUGCAGAAGGUUCCAUCUGAACUGGAAACAAUGAAUAGUCACGCUGAUACUCAGGCUACUGUGACAUCAGCUGCCCCACAGGGAUUAGUCACCGGUGAAGCCAAAGAGAAGAAACUCCGAAGAAGGCCAACCAAGAAAAUUGUAGCAAAUGGUCUGCUUAUUCUAGGGGGUAUCAUCUGCCUGACGCGCGGGCACUCUAGCCUUGGUGCUAAAGUUGGCAUGGCAUAUAUCCUGACAAAGCUGAGAAAACAUGAUGCGAGAAUGUACCAUAGUGUUGUAGGGUUCUUGAUUGUCUCUCUCGGAAUCCUGACCACCUUGGUCCAUUCAAAGACUAGUUCUGAAGAUGUUUCGGCUUUGAACGUAAUGUUUACGAGCUUAAAUUCUCCUUCAAAACUGAGUGGAUGGAAAUCAAGCGGUGGAGACCCUUGUGGAGAGUCUUGGGAAGGGAUCGAAUGCUCAGGCUCAUCUGUGACUCAAAUAAAGUUAUCUGGACUUGAACUUACUGGAUCACUGGGCUAUCAGCUAUCAAACUUGAAAUCUGUCACCUACUUCGAUGUGAGCAAGAACAACCUCAAGAAUGAUAUACCAUACCAGCUUCCUCCUAAUGCAGCUACCUUAGAUCUUUCUAAUAAUGGCUUCACUGGAACUGUGCCCUACUCAAUUUCACAGAUGACUAAACUUCAAAACCUGAAUCUUAAUCAUAAUCAACUCAAUGGACAGUUGACUGAUAUGUUUCAAAAACUCUCUAAACUUAAAACUCUGGAUCUAUCCCACAACUCGAUCUCAGGGAAUCUGCCUCAAAGUUUUUCUGCACUUUCAAGCCUCAGCACAUUGCAUUUGCAAGACAACGAAUUCACCGGUACCAUAGAUGUCCUCGCCAGACUUCCCCUUAAAGAUUUGAAUAUUAAGAACAACGAGUUCACUGGCUGGGUCCCCGAUUCGUUGGAGGGCAUCGAUAACCUGGAAACCGGCGGUAAUGCAUGGUCAUCUGGUCCUGCUCCUCGUGGUAAAUCUGGUUCAGCCCAUAAUAAGGGAAGCGAAAAGGGUAGCAUGAAUGGACUUGCUAUAGCUUUAAUGGUUUUGGCUGCACUGGUUGUAGUUGUACUUCUCAUUAUACUACUUUCAAAUACGAGGUCCUCCCCAUCUUCAAAUUUUCUUGAUGAAGAGAAAGCUAGCCAGCAUACAGCAUUUACUCCCCUUUCAUCACAUGAACUAUCCCAUGACACUCUAGCUUCCAUAAAGAAAGAUUUAAAGGAAACUGAAUCAUUCAAUCUGUCUGGUCCGAUGGAUAUAAAGACAUUGCAAAAAGCUCCUUCCAUGGGUUACAAGCCUCCACCUUCUGUCUUUUCUGAGUCUAUAAAUGACAAUGAGUUUGCAAGCCGUCUGAAUGCUGGAAGAAACACCUCUGUUUGUGCCGUAGCGUUUUCGUUGUCAGAUUUGCAGACGGCUACAGGAAAUUUUGCAUCGGGCCGACUUAUCGGUGAGGGAUCCAUUGGUCGUGUUUACAGGGCCAAAUAUCCUGACGGGAAGGUUUUAGCUGUCAAAAAGAUUGAUUCAUCACUUUUCCAUGGCGCAAAGCAAGAUUUUUCAGAAAUUGUUACAAGCAUCUCGAAAGUUCACCAUCAGAACAUUGCUGAGCUUGUCGGCUAUUGUUCAGAACAAGGGCAUAACAUGUUGAUCUACGAGUAUUUCAGGAAUGGCUCACUUCAUGAUUUCCUGCAUGUGUCAGAUGAAUAUAGCAAACCACUAACUUGGAACACCAGAGUUCGAAUAGCUUUGGGCACGGCUCGAGCUGUCGAGUACCUCCAUGAAAUUUGUUCUCCAUCCUUCAUCCACAAGAACAUCAAGUCAUCUAACAUUUUGCUGGACCUUGACCUCAAUCCACGACUUUGUGACUACGGCCUGGCAAACUUCCAUCAUCGGACGAGCCAAAACCUUGGUGCAGGAUACAAUGCUCCAGAGUGCACUAAGCCUUCAGCUUAUACAAUGAAGAGUGAUGUUUACAGCUUUGGAGUGGUGAUGCUGGAGUUAUUGACUGGUCGGAUGCCUUUUGACAGUUCAAAACCCAAAACCGAACAAUGUCUGGUCCGAUGGGCCACCCCGCAGCUGCAUGACAUUGAUGCAUUGGCAAAAAUGGUGGACCCUGCAUUGCGUGGGCUAUACCCUCCGAAGUCGGUCUCUCGAUUUGCCGACAUCAUUGCCCUCUGUGCACAGGCCGAGCCUGAAUUCCGGCCGCCUAUGUCAGAGGUAGUGCAAGCAUUGGUGCGAUUAGUUCAGCGAUCGAGUAUGAACUUGAGAGACGAUCUUGCAUUAGUGAGAUAUGCACCACCUACUCCCAUGGAUGAAUUCAAGGUGGAGUAA